GUGACAAUUCCGCCAUCUCCACUACCUAGACCCAACACAGGGUAUAUCCUAUCAAGAUACUCAUCGACUAAAGACACGUUGGUUGAGAUCACUUUCAACAUCGCCUGUGCGCGACUACCCAUCGGAUAUACACCAUGUCUACAACAGGGGGUGAAGCUCCACCACAGCAUGCUCACAUGCGAUCGAGAACCCUUUCAUUAGGGUACGAUGCUGGCGAGGUAGAUCCCACGACGCUACCUUUCGGUCAACUUACCGAAGGUGCCGACUUGGAGGAAUAUAUCACCGAGACAAGAACCGGAAAUAUCAUCAGACACACUCGUUCAAAUGUCACUGGUGAAGUCGCCGAUUGGAAAUUGGUUACCUUUAAGAUUGACGAUCCGGAAAAUCCUAAGAACUGGUCCAAGGCUUAUAAGUGGUAUCUCACAGCUGUCAUUGCAUGGACAUGUUUUGUCGUGGCAUUUGCGAGUGCCGUCAUUACAGCCGGUCUUGAUGGACCGUCUAGAGAAUUCCAUGUCUCAACGGAGGUCUCUCUUCUGACCAUCACUGUGUUUGUUGUUGGCUUUGGAGUUGGUAAGCUUUUCGGCCUCUAGACACAGGCUAACCGGAAUUACAGAAGACUAACUUUAUCUAUCGUUAGGCCCUAUGGUUUUUGCACCGUUAUCUGAGGUCGUUGGGCGAAGACCCGUCUACGCCAUUACACUCUUUGUUGCCCUUAUCUUCGAGAUUCCUUGUGCUGUUGCGCCUAACAUCGGAACGCUUAUCGUUUGUCGAGCCAUCGACGGUAUCGCCUUCAGUGCACCCAUGACAUUGGUUGGAGGCAGUCUAUCAGAUCUUUGGAAAAAUGAAGAACGUGGUGUGCCAAUGGCAGCUUUCAGUGCCGCUCCCUUCAUUGGACCUGCAAUUGGCCCCCUCGUAGGCGGUUUCCUGUAUGACGCUGCCGGUUGGCGAUGGCUAUAUUGGAUUCAGUUGAUUGUUGCCGGCGUCGCCUGGGGUCUGAUCACUUUCACUGUUCCUGAAACAUAUGCGCCAAGUUUGCUUAAAAAGCGUGCUAAGAAAUUGCGUAAGACCGAGAACGAUGAUAAAUAUGUGACAGAGCAAGAGAUCGACUCGCGUCCUCUGGGUGAAAAGAUUCGCAUCUUUAUGCUUCGCCCUUUCCAGUUGUUGUUUCUCGAACCUAUUGUCCUCUUUAUCUCGAUCUAUAUGUCCGUCUUGUACGGCUUGCUGUACAUGUUCUUCGUUGCGUAUCCUAUCGUUUACCAAGAAGGAAAAGGUUACAGCCCCGGUAUUACCGGUCUUAUGUUCAUCCCAUUAGCCCUUGGAGUUGUUGUCAGUGCAUGCUGCGCUCCAAUCGUCAACAAACACUACCUGAAAAUGCAUGCCAAAUACAACGGCAGGCCACCUGCAGAGAUUCGACUCAUUCCUAUGAUGUUCUCCUGUUGGUUCAUUCCAAUUGGUCUUUUCAUCUUUGCCUGGACUUCAUAUCCACGCUUGCACUGGAUUGGUCCCACCAUUGGAGGUUUUCCUGUCGGAUUCGGCUUCAUCUUCUUGUACAAUUCCGCAAACAAUUAUCUUGUGGACACGUACCAACACCAAGCAGCAUCUGCCCUCGCAGCAAAGACCUUCUUGCGGUCCAUGUGGGGAGCGGGAUGCGUUCUUUUCACGAACCAAAUGUACCACCGACUUGGUUACGAGUGGGCAAGCACCCUUCUUGCAUUCCUGGGACUCGCAUGUUGCGCAAUUCCCUAUGUUUUCUGGUUCUACGGAGAAAAGAUCCGUUCAUAUUCCCGCUUCGCCUUUGUUGAAGACGAGGAAACAAAAGCAAUGCCUCCGUUUGACGGCGGUCAUUGAGAUCGGAGGUCGAAUAGAAAGGUUAUAGAGUUGUUGUAUAGAAAAAUAGACGGUGGGGUUUUUAGAGGAAUGGUCACCUUAUCGAUUGGUUGACCAAGUAUGAGUUCGUUCUCAAGCAUCACUGCAUCAUUCGCGUCUGGCGGCGUUCUGUCUUUUCCCUUUUGUCCUUUUUCUUUUUCAUCCUGGGUUAGACUCCUUUUCUUUUGGUCAUGAUAUCAUUUUCUGCGUUAGACAAAAUGUACAUUAAGCGAUAUAAUAAUCAUAAUAUUCACUUUUCAG